AUGUCACUCAUUUUACUUUGGAAAUCCCUCUUUGCCUGCCUUAGAGAAAAUCUAAUUGGGAAACCCUCACUGAGGCCUUUAGCAAAGGGUCUGUGAUUAAUUUGUGGGGUGUCACCUGACCUGCAGUUAAUUGAAUCAACUGAAACACCUGUGUAACAGAAAGUAGCAGGGGGAAAGUUUUUAGUCCUUCUGAGUACGGUGGUUGAAUCCUGCAGCAGUGUUACCAUCUGUGGUCCUCCCGUGGUCCAUAUGGAACACAGUGACAGAGAGGAGACAGGCAGCGCGCCGGGCAGGAUGCCUCUGAACGCGGGAGACACCGGGUACGGCAGCGUGCCAGGUCCCGGGCUGUCGGGCGGUGAGGUAGCCUCGGAGUCGGCCCCACUGCUCAUCCCGGUGCCGGAGCCGGAGCCGGUCCAGCAGUGGCAGCCCAUGAGCAAGCAGCAGCUGGAGGUCGCCGCGGGGGGGGCGGGCUGGAGGAAGGUGCGUUGUUACCUGGUUCUGCUGUUCUGGCUGGCCUGGGUGGCCAUGCUCGCCACCUCCAUCGCUAUCGUAGUGAUGAGCCCCCGGCCGGUCGCGACGCCGCUCAGGUGGUGGCAGAAGUCGCUGUUCUACCAGCUGCAGCCCGACCUGUUCACCGAGGGGCAGGCCGAGGAGUCAGGGGGCGUCAAUGCACUGUGUGAGCAGCUUCCGUACCUCAGGUCCCUGGGUAUAGGGGCCCUAAUCCUGGAGGGUCUGUUUGAUAAAGGGGUGUCUCCUUUCAAUGUCACUGCGACUGGUGAAAGGAGCAGCACUUUGGCUCAGAUCCAACAUCUGCUUGCAGAGAGCAAUAAAGCAGGUCUCAAAGUGGUGUUGGACUUCUGUCAACUGGAUCUGUUGGGACCUCAAGAUGUAGCAGGAAAUGCAGACGAGCCCUCAAACACAGUACUUCAUGCACUCCGGUUCUGGUUGGAGCAGGGUGUGGACGGCUUUGCAAUCUGUGACACGGAUGCAGCGUAUUCAGAAAAGACUCUGCUGGAGUGGAGAGGCGUCUUCAAGGAAUUCAGCAAUAAGGAGGAGGAGGAAAGGAUUGUGGUGGUAAAACAGACGCAAGACAUUCUGUCUCCUCUAAACAACAUUACGCUGGUGGAUGUGGUCAUGAAGUCGAUUCUGCCAUCUUCGCCUCACCUACUAUCUGCUAAGGAAGUUGCUGUUGCUAUAGAGACAAGCCUGCAAACAAGAGAAGAAGAUAUAUGGCCCAGCUGGACGAUUGGAGGUAAAGCAUCUCAUGACUUGAAGAAAUUACUCCUGGUGUUGAUGAUGACGCUGCCAGGAUCCCCUGCAGUCCAGUAUGACGAAGACAUCGACCAAACACAGAACGUGUCUCUGAAGGCUGGCUCGUCACAUGGAGAGAUGAAUGAACCAUCAGACACUCAUACAGACAAGAAGAAGGCGAAGCAUUUAGCUGUAGCUCUUUUUACCUCCCUCAGUCGCUCCAGAGCCAGAGAAGAAGCUCUUCUGUACGGCAGCUUCACUUUCCUCCCCUUCAAUUCCUCCACCGACUCCUCCUCCAACUCCACUCUACCCUCUCCUCCAUCUCUCGCAGUCCUGGCCUACUUGCGCUCCUGGGGUUGUGUUCACUUCCUUAUCCUGCUCAACGUCGGACCUGAGGUUCAUGCCCUGGAUCCUGCCUGGGCCCCGAGUAUACCUAAAGCUGGAGUGUUUGUGUCAAGCACAGGAAUGGACCGUUUGGGAGCAAUGACUCUGGACACGUUGGAGCUGCAGCCCCACGAAGCCAUCGUCAUCAAACUGUUUGAGGCAGGAAGCUACUCGUAGAGCCUCCGUAGUCAGCUGUGUGGAGAUUGAGCUACUGAGAUUUGAGUUUUCCUCUCACAGGAGGACACACGUCUGACACAAUUAGUUUUUUAAAGUUGUGACAGAGAACAGACAGAAAAUAAAAUACUGCUUGUGUUACAUCGUU